AAGUACCAUAAUUCAUAGCGGGCUUGGAAAAUACUUUCAAACGAUCAUUCUGUUGAGGUGACGCCUUGGCAAGCCGUUACAGGCAAAGGUUUAAAACUCAAGAAAUAGACCACUCCAGUUUGAAUUUUUUAGCUACUGCGAUUAUGUCAUCGAAUGCAGAAAACAUCUCACCUCAUGCUCUCAAACAAGUUGCUAAAGAAUUACAGAAAUUACAAAAAGACCCACCAGAAGGAAUAAAAGUUAUUGUAAAUGAUUCUGACCUGACUGACAUUCAAGCUUUAAUAGAAGGCCCAGCUGGAACUCCAUAUGAAGGUGGUUUAUUCAAAAUGAAAUUAGUUCUUGGUAAAGACUUUCCUACUGCCCCUCCUGCAGGCUUCUUUAUUACAAAAAUAUUUCAUCCCAAUGUCGCUGCAAAUGGAGCAAUUUGUGUCAAUACUCUGAAAAAGGAUUGGAAAUCAGAACUUGGAAUUAAACACAUUUUACUGACAGUUAAAUGUUUACUAAUAGUACCGAAUCCGGCAUCAGCAUUAAAUGAAGAAGCGGGAAAACUUUUACUUGACCAUUAUGAUGACUAUUCGCGUCAGGCAAAAAUGAUGACUGAAAUUUAUGCUUUGCGGCAAAAAAGUAACCAAGAAAACAAGCAGAAGGAUGAAACGCCUGUAGAUAUAGGGCCAUCAAAGAAAAGACCAGCAGAAGAUGCAAAAAAGAGGAAAGUUGAUAAAAAACGUGCUCUAAAACGCUUGUAGAUUUAGUUCUUGUACCCUAGCCACUUGAUUAAGUAAAUUGUAAUUGGUAAGCAUAAGAAGCAAUUGUAAAACACCGUGUAAAUAAGUAGAACUUUGAUCUGUAUGUAUUUAAGCUACUUUUCAAUGGAAAAUUUUUUUCAGACAUAUGAAAUAUAUUAGAUUAUUAAGGGACAAGUCUUCAAUUAUUUGAAAACAUGCCCCAGUAUUUUCAA